AAUAUAAGUCGUCGCUUGAGGUCGCUACAUCCUACAUGUAUGUAUGUACUAAAAACAUAUUUUUUCACAAAAAAGCGUAUAUAAAUAAAUAAUUCUUUUCGGAACAUAACAGUUUUGAUAAUAAUUCAAAAAUUAUUUAUUUGCGGAAAAAUCUCUUCAUUUAAAGAUGCGUAAGUAAAAACAUUAGCAAACUGCAGUAUUUUCGAGCACUUGCAAUUUGCGAAGACUUUGAAAAACAAAGCCACUCCACACCGCACCGGUUACUUUAGCGCUGAGUGUUACUUGUUCCAAAAAUCGUCGGUCUUCGAUCCAUCUAUAACUACUUAUAUCGCAGUUGAGUAAGCUAGCUCGCGAGUUUUUUUUUUUACAAAAUCGAAUAAGUAUUUCAAAGUAAAAUUAUUUAUGCCGAUAGAGUAAUUUUUAACGUGAUCUGUUUAUUAUUAAUGCGUUGGAUGACGAGACGAUACAGCAGCAGCCAAUCGAAAAUUCAAUGAGCACUCUAACUUAUCGAUCGAUGGUUCGCUUAAAAAUUUGCGAUGCGCAAGCGCAGCCAGCCCCGUUUCCACGCCACUGGUGUAGUACCCUCGUUUUUCAACACUUUUUCUAUACCUAUAUACAUUUUGUUUGGCAGAUAUAGGUAUAUAUACCGAGUUAAAGCGGCGCUACACUAGUUUUGCUCCGAAAAGUGAAAAAAAAGCCAACAUAUCAGCCAUGAGUACAGGACAACAAUAAUUGCGCGCGUCCCUCGAGUAAAUAAUUUUUAUAUUCGACGCAAGAAGCGAUUUGUUGAAAACUCAUCAAGUCAACGCAGCACAAAAGUGAUCAGCCUAUUUUUCACGAGAUAACAAACGCAUAAAUCGGUGAAAAAUGUCGAUAGGCGUGCCAAUAAAGGUGCUGCACGAAGCGGAGGGUCACAUCAUAACCUGCGAGACGAAUACCGGCGAGGUAUAUCGAGGCAAGCUCAUAGAAGCCGAAGAUAAUAUGAACUGUCAGAUGCAAAAUAUCACGGUCACCUACAGAGACGGUCGUGUUGCACAGUUGGAGAAUGUUUACAUCAGAGGAUCAAAAAUCAGAUUUCUAAUAUUACCAGAUAUGUUGAAGAAUGCACCGAUGUUUAAGAGACCUGGUGGGAAGGGCUCCGGGACAGCGGGCAGAGGAAAGUCUGCCAUUCUGCGAGCACAAGCGAGAGGCAGAGGUCGAGGCCAGAAUCAACGAGGCAGAGGCACAGGUAGCGCACCAUGGCUCAAUCAGCAAAACCAAACGAGUGCACCUCAAACUGGUCGGGGAAGAGGCUAAGCACACUAGGGAUAUUAUUUGCGUAAUGAUGAUGACCAAACAGCUGAGAGAAACUCUAAUCAUUCAAAUAUUCUUAUAUUUCUAAUAACAAGAGAUAAGCCUGAUUUGUCACCUCAUCUUUCUAUAUUAUAGAUUAUUAGUAUUUCGAUAAAUAAAAUUUUCAAAGUUACCCUUUAUAUUUUCAUUCACCUCUGAUCGUCAAUUUAUGAUGAAGUACUCAUAUGUUAGCUUUUUAUUAUUGGAGGUGAUUGUGUCAACUACAUUUCCAUAUUUUUUUUUCAACUGAUCAGAAAAGUAUCAUUUACUUUAUUGGUUGCAAGAGUAUAAACAAUCAAUGAUAAGUCAUUGAAAGCCAGAUGUAAAUUUUAAUAAUAAUCUGAAGAUCAUGUACAAAUACAAAAUAUUUAAAAUUA